UCCGCUCCGCGGUGCGCGCUCCACGCGUCGCGGCCAGACGCGCCCACUGCGCGUGCACGCGGCCGCAGCUCAGUCUGGAUGGACGCGGGGACAGAGAGGACGUGCACAUGCAACAGGAGAGAGCCCGAGAGACAGAGUCGCAGCGUCGGAGAGAGGAGGCCCAGCACAGCGGAGCGACGGGGCUACACGUCCCCGCGUGUGGAUCCACAUACUGAUAAGAAAAGAGGGGGCGCUGCACUUUUUCGAAAACUUCGGCAGUUCAGAUCCUUGUAAUAAUGGCUGACUCCGGCGAGGACUAUGGAAACUACACCUAUGAAUAUUACCUGGAGUAUGGCGACUUGGAAGAACUUAAAGUAGAACACAGGCAAGGGGAAACGAUGCACAUUAUCUCUGUGGUUAUCUACAUUAUUUCCUUUGUGCUUGGUCUGAUCGGAAAUGGGAUUGUUAUUUGGGUGACGGCGUUUAAAAGCAAAAAGACUGUCAACAGCGUGUGGCUGCUCAAUCUAGCCAUGGCCGACUUUGUGUUUGUCCUUUUUCUACCCUUCUACAUUGAUUACAUACUGCGGGACUUCCACUGGGACUUUGGUGUGGCCAUGUGUAAGAUCAACUCAUUUGUGUCCGUGAUGAACAUGUAUGCCAGCGUGCUCUUUCUCACAGUUCUCAGCAUAGACAGGUAUGUAUCACUGGUCCACCUCAAUUGGUCCCAGAGGCAUCGCACUGUACAGAGAGCCUGGGUCACAUGUGGCUGCAUAUGGGCACUAGCUGGCGCAUUGAGCUGCCCUGCUCUGAUUUUCCGCGACACCAUGCGCUUGCAUGACAAGGUGGUGUGCUUCAACAACUUCCACUCGCAGGACGGACACACAGCCAUGAGACACAUUAUAAUAGUGGCCAUCCGCACCACUGUGGGCUUCUUCUUGCCGUUUACUGCUAUAUGUGUGACAGGAAUACUUCUGACGUUCAAAGUGAACCGAUCUGGGGGCGCGGUUCGCCUGUCUAGCUUCUCCAAAACAGUCACUGCAGUAAUUCUGGCCUUCUUUCUAUGCUGGGCACCUUUUCAUACCUUUAGCUUAAUGGAGUUAUCAAUUCAUUCCUCAUUGUACCUACACAGCAUACUGAGAGCUGGCUUUCCUCUUGCCACCAGCUUAGGCUUUUUCAACAGCUGCAUCAACCCCCUGCUGUAUAUGCUCCUGGGCAAAAAGGUUCGUCAUAUCCUGAAGCGUGCAUGCCUGGAAAUAACUAAGAGUUCACUGAGAGAGCUCAGCCAGUCAGUCUCCACCACUGAGAUGGAGUCUGUGCCAGGACUUCAUCAGGACAGUGUCCCAGAGGAGCCUGUGGAGUCGUCAACUCUAUGAUUGCAACCAUCCUCAGACUCUUAUAGUGGUCCAUGAAAAACAUGAGGGACGCUGACUAUUACUUUAGCGUAAAUGGGGGUGGGGGGUAUCCUGCCCAUUCUUUCCAGCUGUAAUGUUAAGAUUAUCCUAUUUUGUUUCAUUUGGAUGGAGUUAUGCCUACUUCAGCUACUCUCAAUGGAAAAGCUGAGGGAAACUGUGGAGUUAGUAUCUCUGCAUUAAUUUUUUUGGUUGCAAUAGCCAAGUGAUCUCUCGACAAAAAAAAUCUGACUAAUAAUUCUGACCAUCAAUAAGUCUUUUUAAAAAUAAAAAUGCCUGCCGUACUCUGGUUCCAGCUCUUCGACUGUGAGGAAUUGCUGCUUUUUCCUCCUCUUUUAUGAUAAUAAACUAAAUAUAUCUUUGGGUUUUUGGACAGCUGGUUAAAAAAAACAAGCCAUUUGCAGAUGUCUCUUUGUGUUGUGGAAAAUGUGAUGGACAUUUUUCUCUAUUUUCAUACCAUUUUUAUUUAAAUAAUGAACUAUACGUCGUACACAUUUGGACUCGAACCAUAAACGCUCAAUAGGCUGUUUUUGUUUCUUUCAGACAAGAUAUGAUGUAGAUAUGUGAUAGUAGUUUAUCAUAAUUCAGUUUUAAUACAGAAUAAUCCUGGUUGCUACAGUCAUCUAUUAAUGUAUUGAUUUUUUUUUAACUUGUUGAAAGUUGCAUAAAGGUUUUAUUGUAAUAUAUUCCAAGUAAAUUGCAUAUAUAUGAAUAAAAUUGCUCAUCUGAGCACAUAUUGUACUGUU